CUUCUCAUUUCACCAAUCAAUAUACCAACUAAAGGAGUAGAAAACAAAAAGAAAGAAAAUCUCGUUGUUUAGCCAAUGGAGAUGGAAAAUAUAGUUGGAUUUCUUGAGAACAAGACCAUUUUGGUCACUGGUGCAACUGGCUAUCUAGCAAAGAUUUUUGUGGAGAAGAUAUUGAGGGUUCAACCAAAGGUUAAGAAGCUUUAUCUUCUUUUGAGAGCUUCUGAUGCUAACUCUGCCCUAGAUCGCCUAAAUAAAGAGGUGAUAGGGAAAGAGUUGUUUAAAGUUGUAAGAGAAAAAUAUGGUGAAAGGCUAAAUUCCUUUUUAUCAGAAAAGGUUAGUGCUGUUGCUGGGGACAUCUCUUUUGAAGACUUGGGUGUGAAAGAUUCCCACUUGAGAGAUGAGAUGUGGAGAGAAGUUGAUGUGGUGCUCAAUUUUGCUGCUACUACCAAUUUUGAUGAUAGAUAUGACAUUUCCUUAGGCAUAAAUACAUUGGGAGCUUUGCAUGUCUUGAACUUUGCAAAGAAAUGUCUGCAAAUCAAGAUGCUUGUCCAUAUCUCCACUGCUUAUGUAUGCGGUGAAGAUUCAGGACUUAUACUGGAAAAGCCAUUUUCAAUGGGUAAAGCCAAGAAGGGAACCAGUAAAAUAGACAUUGAAAAAGAAAAGAAACUGAUUCAAGAGAAAUUAAGUGAACUGCGAUCAGAAAAUACUUCAGAGACAGAUAUUACACAAUUCAUGAAGGAUCUUGGCAUUCAAAGGGCAAGGAUGUAUGGGUGGCCAAACACCUAUGUAUUUACCAAGGCCAUGGGAGAGAUGCUUCUCAUGCAUUCCAAAGAAGAUCUGCCCCUUCUUAUUAUACGUCCCACCAUGAUCACCAGUACUUACAAAGAACCAUUUCCAGGCUGGAUUGAAGGUAUAAGAACCAUUGAUAGUGUAAUUGUGGGCUAUGGCAAAGGAAAAGUUUCAUGCUUUCUUUCAAAUCCACAAUUAACCCUAGAUGUGAUACCAGCUGAUAUGGUGGUGAAUGGUAUUUUGGUGGCCAUGGUGGCGCAUGGGAAGCAAUCAUCGGAAACCAUUUAUCAUAUAGGAUCUUCAUUGAGAAACCCUGUUAAGUUAUCAAAUAUUCAUGAUUUUAGCUUUCGUUAUUUCUCUGCAAAUCCAUGGAUUAACAAGGAUGGAAUGCCAGUUAAGGUUCUCAAAGGCACCAUUUUUCGGUCCAUGGCCAGCUUCCACAUGUACAUGGCAAUUCGUUUUCAGCUGCCUUUGAAGGCAUUGGAAGUUGCAAAUACUAUGGCGUUCAAGAAAUAUCAGAGCACGUAUGCAACUCUUGAUAGGAAAAUAAAGCUAGUGAUGAGAUUGGUAGAUCUUUAUAAACCUUAUGUGUUCUUUGAGGGCAUCUUUGACGACACGAACUCAGAGAAGUUGAGAAUAGCAGCAAGAGAGAAAGUUCCUGAAGAAGCAGAUGGCUUCAACUUUGAUCCCAUAGGAAUUGACUGGGAGGAUUACAUGAUGGGUGUUCACAUUCCUGGUCUUGUCAAAUACGUAAUGAAAUGAUUCCAAGGCCAGCCAACACCUCCUUUACUUUCGCUAUUAAUUGUAUCAUUGAUUUGCUUUCUCAACAUUGUUCUCAAGACUUAAAAAUAAUUGAUGGUUGAUUAUAGUCAAAUUCAAAUAUAUAACGAUUGUAUUUUUAAGAUUUUUCAAUUCACUUGUAUAUUAAUAUUAAAAUUAAAGUGCAGAAUAU